AUUACUUUCUCCUGCUGCACUUUAGUUACAGUCACAAAAUCCGUCUUCACAUCAAAUGAACCCCAGGACACUUCUGUGACUGCAUAAAAGAGACAAAAAUAUUUUAAUAAUCCCGACCCCCUCCUCCCUAUUUUGGUUCUUUUCACGCCCCUGUCACGUCCCUAAAUACUGAGCGGAACCUGUUGCUCCGAGGCCACAAAUAGCUUAAACAACACAGGGAGCAGGGGCAGGAGGGGUGAACGUCUAGGAAACACAUAGUGGAUGCAUCAGCCCGGAGGAACGUCUCUGCCACUUCAACAGGAUCCCUUCAGAAGAUGAGAGGAGAGAGUAAGAGAAUACGCACGAUGAGAGAAGUCCUCCAUGGAGCUUGAUGGGACUUUAAGACCGACGUAUCUUGUGACCCCCACCCCCCCUCCACAGGUCAUCCUUCAAAAACUAUUUGGAUCUUCAAGUUUGCUGGAAAGCUGACAUGGAACACUUCAGGUAUCUCUGAAGGAAGGAGUGAGUAGAAGAAGGACAAGACAAGUAGGAAGGUUUGGUUUCUGAGCUCCUCGUCGACCACCCUGCCUCUUAACUUGAAACUCUGGGUUGGUGAGGGUCCCGUCAACAUGGACGUCACUACAGAAGGUGUUCAGGAUGCGAUGGUAAGCGAGGCCCUUGUUCAAUUCAAGUCCACCUUGCAGGCUGCGGUAAGGGAGGUACACGUGGACGUAAGUGCUUUCAAGCAACGCAUAGAACAGAGGAUAGAUGAGCUGUGCGUUUCCAACGGACCCUUGGCCGAGGCGGUGACCAGGCUGGAGGAGGAGAACCUGCAGCUCAGAGCGAGGCUGGAGGCCCUCAGCCGCCUGGUGGAGGGCAUCUCCGGAGUAUCAGUGGACAGGAGUCCUGCCGAAGUGAAGGGGAAGAGCGAGAAGGGGAGUUUAGAGAAUGGACAUGCACAAAUACAAUCCAAGACCCAGGAAGACAAGAGGGGCUUGCUCACCUCCGGGAGGUCAGAAGACAGCCUGUCCAGUCUGUCUUCAUACUCUGAUCCAGCUGCGUCAAGUGGAGGAUCGGGCCACGCUCCUGCUGCUGGUACCAGAAUCACCCCUGCACCUCCUCCGUGGAGAGCAAAGAGACACGCUGACGUCAACGGCACUGAUGCAAAAGAAGAGAAGAAAGUCACCGCAGCUCCGGAGGAAAACGGGAAACAAGAAAGCUCCUCGGUGCAUGUUGGUGAUGCAGCUGGAACUGAUGGAGCCGCUCCUCAGUCUCAUCAGCCUCUCACCGCCGUCACCAAACCAAACACUGAGGCUCCUGUCACCACCAAUCCACUCCAGUCUGCGGCGGAGACACAGAGAGUAACAGAACAGGAAGAAUCAGCUCUUCUGAACAAACCCCACCUUCCGCUCACGUCCAUGACAAAAACAAACUCCGAAGCUCUGUCUGUCGCUCAGUCUUCAGCCCCUGUGGCCAAAGCAACGAGAGAAACUCCAGUGAAACCAGUGGAACCUGCUGCUAAAUGUGAUGCUGACGAACCUCUGCCGCAUCUUCCCGUCACUGCCAUGACCACCAAACCCAGUCCUGAGGCUCCGCUCACCUCCAGAUCUGCUCAGUGUCCCGCAGCAGAACCCAGAGCUGCAGAGGCUCCAACAGGAGAGAGUUCAUUCAUAAAAGGUUCAUCUGGAGCGAAGGAUACGAGGUCCCAGGUUUCCCAGGAGCAGGCAGGCUCUGGACCUCAGGCUCUGCCUCAUCUUCCUCUCACGGCCGUGAGCGGGAGCAGCUCUGACACGUCGGCUCCUCCGAAAUCUGAUCAGAGUCCAACAUCUGCGGCGAAUCCUUCGAUACCAGAAUCCCCGACAACAAAGCGGGGAGAAUAUCCGUUUAGGCGUGACGCUGGUGAAUCCAAACCAUACUUGCCUCCUUCUGCUGCAACCAGACCCAACACAGAGUCUUCAUCAUCGGCUUCACCAGCUCAGUCGUCUCCAGGUCUGUCAGCUCUACCGGACCUGACAGUGAAACCUGGGGAAUAUCCCUUUAAACGUGUCCCAGUUCUUAAAACACCGAGUCCCAGUCUGAAGAGAAGUGUGAGCUUUCCUCAGUCUGCAGAAAAAUUACUUCCCUCCAAAUCCAUCAUUAAAUCUGGUUUCUCACCUAAUUUGGACAAGAAAGUGAACAAACCUGGAGGAGUUGAGUUCAAACAGGACGUGAUGAAGUCACAAACCCUCCCACGCUCCAACGGGGCUCAGGCCAAACGAGCUCUCUUUGAAAGGAUGAACUCAGAACCAAUCAAGCCGAAGGACUCGAAGCCCAAACUGAAGCGCUCUCAGAGUUUCGGAGUCUCCAGUGCCAGUGGGAUAAAACAGAUUCUCUUGGAGUGGUGCCGCUCGAAAACUAUUGGAUAUCAGAACAUAGACAUUCAGAACUUCUCGUCCAGCUGGAGCGACGGGAUGGCGUUCUGUGCCCUGGUUCACUCUUUCUUCCCUCUGGAGUUUGACUACAACACACUGAACCCCGCCCACCGCAAACACAACUUAGCACUGGCCUUCACCACUGCAGAGGAGCAGGCUGACUGUCUCCGCCUGAUCGAGGUGGACGACAUGAUGGUGAUGGGCGACAAGCCAGACCCCAUGUGUGUGUUUACAUACGUCCAGUCGCUCUACAACCACCUGAAGAAGUUUGAAUAACUCUGUAUCAGAGUAGAGGAAGAAACCCAGAAGUUUUUUCAACCACAGUCUGAUGUGAACACUUUGGAUCUGCUGAAUUAAUGUGGAGCCUGAACUCAGCCUCUGACAAUGAAAACCACAGUUGUUCAAAUCACUUCAGUCACAUUUGAUCAGUUUGAUACUGUAUGUGUGUGCUCACCAGUUUCAUUUCCUUCAGUAUUUAUUGUAGACUACUGAUUCUAAAGAUGCUUUGUCUUAUGACGUGUGUGGCUCCAAUGUUUCUGUAUUUGCAAAAUAGGCUUUUUGAAAUGAAAGAAAAGUAAGUAAAAGAAAAAGUUAAUAGUUUAUAAAAAAUGGCUGUCGACAAUGAUGUGAAUGAGUGAAGUUACUUAUCAGAGAUUUAUGAAGUGUUGAGAUGCUGCAGGAACAAUAAAUGGAAGUUUUGCCUAUUGAAUCUUGAAAUAAAGCUUUUUUCUAAUCA